AUGUCCGACUGCAACCACCUACAACAGGCAGCGCAGGUGUUGCCAGGAACGCUGGCGCUUCAACGAAGUCCUCAGAUUUUCGACUUGUGUCUGUCCACCAAUUACCGAACCGAAUGGGUGUUUUUUCGACUUUAUUCCGUUUUAAGGAAUGUCACUCGUUUUUGGCUAAGUGCCUCGUUCACAGUCAAAUUGACGGGGAUGUGGCAAGUCGAGCAGGCCGGAAAUAAGACCGGACCGAGAGCGCGGACGAAAACGUUCUAUCCUGAGGCGAGGAGGAUAAGAUCAGAUCGAGACCAUGCGACCACGACGAGGACGACAGUGGUGUAUACCAUUGCUGUGUGCCGCUCGGUGCUAUGCGAUGUAGGGCGGACGACUCGCACAGACGAUGUUCAUCCGUUCGCCGUGGACCAGAACCUGUUCGUUCGGCUCGGCUCAUUUACCCGACCCGCUCCAUGGCAGCCGCCGUCGUCGUCGUCGGCGUUGAAUGGUACACAACAACUUGUCAUGAUGGCACGUGUCGCGGCGACUUUCUGUGUUGUCGGUCUGAUGUUUCAUUCAAAACCUUUCGUGGCCGGCAGGAAACCAAAUUAUGAUAAGGAUAUUGCGCUCUCGCUCAUUAAAGAAUGUCCGAUGACAAACUGCUACGGCGUAAACUGCAGCAUGGUGAAAGAAUUCAACGACUGUGAUACGUGCGCCUGUCCCAUCGGUUAG